AUGCCGUGGUUACUUAUAAUUUUUACAUUGUGCUGUGUCUAUAUAUAUUUGUCUAUAAAAAUGUACCCUGGGGAUAUGCCAGUAUAUCCCGGCCGGGUACCAAUUUUGGGAAACAUCUCUUUGCUCUUGGGGGAUUCAAUUGCUUCAUGGCAUUACAUAAAGAAGUUGACUGAAUACACAUACAAUAAUGGACAUGUUUCCGUUGUUUACGCAGGAAUUAUGCCAAUUUAUCUUAUUACGGAUCCGGACGAUUGCUACAAGGUGCUGACGACGUGCUUAGAAAGGCCUGGCUUUGCGAAUAAGUUUCUAAAACAAUUCCUUGGUAACGGUCUACUGACUGGACCAGAGGCAAUUUGGAAGCAACACCGUAAGUUAAUAAACCCAGCCUUCAAUCAACAAGUAGUGGAUAGCUUUAUGGGAAUUUUUAAUGCUCAGAGUCGACGUUUGGUUGAAACAUUGAAAAACCACGUGGGCAAGGGACAAUUCGACCAUCAUGACUAUUUGGAGAAAACCGGCUUGGAGACUAUUUCUUUAACAAUGGCAGGAGUAGACAUUAGCAAUCAGAAAGAGUUCAACUACAAAUGUCUUUUGGCAUUCCGUGCUGUCGUCGACGGCGUCAUAGCGAGAGCCAAAAACCCACUCUACUACUUCGAUAAUAUCUACAGAACGUCAGAAUUGAAGAAAACAGAAGACACCCAUGUCAAAAUAACUCAUGAGUUAACUGAACAGGUCUUGAAAAAAAAGCGUGAGACCAGAGAGAAAAACGAAGAAUAA